AUGCGUCUCUGGCGUCAACCCGCUGAACCACUUCCGCCAGUGGAAGUGAACAACUGUCCCACUCCGAUGCUUCAAACAGCGGUCGUCGAUCUGGGCGACGGCAGCAAUCGACCUGUGCCGUGUCGCAUCCCUUUGGAUAGCGGAUCACAGAUAAACUUUAUUUCUACCUCGAUGACUGAUCGUUUUAAACUAAAAAGAGUUCCCGCAAACGUCCCGAUCUGCGGCAUCGGAGGUCAGACGACGAAUACCAGGGAGUCGACAACCGUUCAGCUCCAGUCCCGAUACAGCGGAUUCACGGUGGACGUGGAGUGCCUGGUCGUCCCGAAGAGUUUUCUGAAGCUGGAAGAGGUUCCGAAAAGAAGACUCGAGUGUAGUGAAGUUCCGGCCAAGAGGACACAAAGUUCCCCCAAGUACCGCGAUUACAGACUUGGCUGUUUUCCGUGCUUGGUUCGGACACUGGAACCGAUCGUUGGUGUUCCUCUUGUGCCGGAAACUGCCCUAAGGUGCCUGCAGCAACUCCCGGUUGCGGCGCUGAGCAAGGACGCGACGACUCCAGAGAAGAAGAAGCGGAAGUUGCAGGCAGAGAAGGAAGGAGAUUUCGGGAAGUGGUCCUGGAAGCGGCCACACCGAAUAAGACACCGGAGUGAGAUCGGCAAGAAGCCCGGUCACAAAGAGCACUGCGUGAUCCCCAGAGGAGCAGCAAGUGAAAAGGAGAUGGAGCGGUUCCACGAAGUCGUCCACCAGCGUGAGCUGGCUCAAGGUAAGCUCGUAUCUAUUCUUGACAGCUUGAGAGAUGCCACGACGCUCACAUGGGCAGCGUUGAAGACGUACCAGAAGGAGGUAGAAGCCGCGUACGACGCGUACCACACGGCGUACGGGCAAAUCCUUGGCAUGGUUCCGUCAACCUCACGGGACGAGCAUGAUGAGCUUUACGACGCCUUCGAUGACCUGCACACGGAGGUCCUAACGGUUAUCGAAGCAGGGUUGCUUGAAGUAUGCACCAACGUGAUGGCCAUCGACGAAACCCCGAAGAGUUCCUGGAAGCAGCUGGAAGAGCUGCUGGACAGUGAUCAACCGGAGUUUACCAUCCAGCAUGGUGAACGGUCCGAGAACGCCAAGACUGAGCAGCCCAAGGUCAUCGAGACGAACAAGAUAGCUGACGUGGAGGACACGUCACAACCUGCCAAGGAGCCACCCGGACAAACCGUAACGGACAACCCGGGUCAGCAGCAAAUGGCCAUGACCGCCGGAAGAGAGCCGGCACAGAUGUGCGACGUGUGCGGACUAGGCCAGCACAAGAGCUGGAAGUGUCCGCAGUUCCUAGCGAUGACAGCCCCCCAGCGGCUGAUCAAGACAAAGGAGAAGCAACUCUGCUUCAAUUGCCUCCGGACGGGACAUACCUCGGUGCAGUGUGUGUCCACCGGAGCGUGCGCGACGUGCGAGGAGCGGCACCACACCCUGCUGCACGCCGAGUACCGGAGAAACCCAAAGCAACCGACAAAACAAACGAAGGUGGAGCAACCUGUUGCUCCACAACAAGCCUACACGAGUCCAGUGACGACAGAAGCCAGCUCCUCUGGACAAGGACAACUAGCGCCCGACGCGCUGUCAGCCGUCGCGGACUCUCGGAAUAAACCCUGCAGCCCACACCCCUGCAGUUGUUUAUUAAUAACUACACAACAUGAACUGGACAGACACCACGCGAACGAGUUGGCUGACAUCGAAGAGCAGUCACGUUCCAACACCAUGGCGAUUCCUGCUGGAGUUCAACUCGCCGUCAGAGUCAACUUGGUGGCUCUGCGCGAGACGAGCUUCAGCCAGGUCUUGGACGGCACGAUUGGAAGUGGCGCAGCACACGAAGAAGCGGUCCUGAUUCAAGGCACGGAGUUUGAGGAUCGACCCAACUUGGAGCAGCACACCGAAGCCUGCGCACGAGAAGUUGGUGAAACCUACAAGGAAACAAGUUUAGUGAGUGAUCAAACAGCACAAGGAAGGUUUUACCUGCUGUUCCAGGCGAUGCUACGCACAUCGAAGACAACGCUGGCUUUCCAAGCCGAGCGUUUCCAAGGAGGAGAGACAAGGUGCAGCGCCCGGCUGCAAUCAACGCUCUUGACGGCGGCGCGUACAAGUACGCCGCACAAGGCUGCUGCAGUUGGCACACAGCUGAGGUUUGAUGAGCGUUCAAAGCAUCGAACAACUGCAGCACCAGUGAUUAUGAAGAAGACAAAGAGUGGCUCUGGAAGAACCCACCCACACCAGCGGUCGGUGUGCGCCGACCCACUGACGAAGAGGACGUCUGGGAACACUGGAGAUGGUCCAAGUGGAAGCGAAACAAGAUGCCGGUUUCCGACAAUCGGCAAGCAACAGGAAGCACUGAAGUUCAUCCUUCAAGUCGUCCAGUCCUUUUGGCAGCCCCUGCGAUUGUCAACUGCGCUUGUACGAAACAACACGACCUGUAAGUACUACACGAAGUUAAGCAACGGGAUGACACAAGUUCGCAGCUGGUCGAAGCCAAAGAAGCCCCCCGAAGAAACAACUCAAGACUUGCCUGAUACUUUUGGACAACAGACGGGAGCCGGAAUGACUAGAAGGCGGAAGUGUGACCUCUGGAUUGCAUGGAGAUCACUUGCAGUUCUUCGCGGGUGGAGGAUGUUCGAGCCUGAACCUGUCAGCUCGAAGAAAAUUUUGGUUUGGUUUUGGCAGCACUGCGCUUCUGUGAUGACAACUGCCACGAAGGUGGCAACCCAGCCUGCGUCGUUGCCAACAGCGAAAAAGACGCGCGCAACGACGUGUGCUCGGCAGCAAGCGAGACAGAGCUGGCAACAGCGCGUCGACGACGACGCCGUGAAGGGAUCGCGCGAAACGACGUGCGCGGCAAAAACGCGCCGUUGACGACGGCCUGAGCGAGAGAGAGAAAGGGAGAACGAACGGCGCACGAAGAUGUUCGUGGAGGAGUUUUGGCGCGCAACGAAAGAGGACGACGAAGACGGGCCUGUGCGUCGGAACAAGUGAAGAUUUAAGUUUUUCGCAGGCAGCCGAACCGGUCGGACGUCAAGUCGAGCGCGUCGCGAUCGUCGGAAGCAACACUAAAUUGACCACUUAAGCUAAGUUUUAGUAGUAAAUAGAAAGUAGUGAGAGAAAUUCUAGUGUUGUGUUUGUGUUUGCGAUACUUCCGACCCUCCCAAACUGGUUCCCCAAGUCCGCUGAAGGUUUAAGCAAAAAUCUACAGUCCGCUCCGAACAACCAGGUCUUCCAGAAUGUCCGGAUUUAUUUGAAGGACCAAAUUGAUUUGGUCAAGACUUAACUCGAAACGGAAAUGCUUUUAAAAAUUACAUCAUCUGUGGAUGGUACCCGUUGGUAGAACAGAUCACUUGGUAGCCAGGUUGGUAGCUGUUUGUUUUGAAUGAAUCCCAUUUGACAGUUGCGUCAUGGGGGAAACCUCCUCAUUUCACUUCAAGGUCAUGAGCAUCGCGACGGCCUCAGCUCAGCUGUAUGUUUGGAUUAUUUUUUUUGGAGGUGCAGUAGCAACGUUUUUUUUGCGAGGAAAAAUUUAGUUAAAAGUGGUUCCAGCGGAGUUAGACGCGUCACCCGAGCAGACGGAAAUAACGCGGGAAUAACAUUUUUUGAUAUUUGAAAAUACUAGGCCAAUAACAUUUUAUGUUAUUUAUAACAAGAUUUGUUAUUCGCCGUUAUGAUUUUUUUGUUAUUGGAUCCCGGGCGGAAAGUGAGUUGGUGGCGAUAACUUCGAACUAUCUUGGCUUGUUUAUUUGCAUCUUGCUGUAAACUCCUCGAGUUAUGACGACUUUUGAAACCGACUGCGUAUCAUGGAAAGUAUAUUCCAUGAUCAUACUGCAUUAUCUACAGUUGAUAUUAAGCUGUUAGUGGUAGUUUUUUUGGACUAAGCAAAAAUUUUGAAUAUUUUAUUUUUUCUUAAAUUUUACCCGAACAUCAUGAAAUGACUGACAUAAUUUUCAAACAGUGUAAACUAACAGGAUAUCGUUUCAAUAAAAUUACAAUUACAAUUACAAUUUCCGACACUUAGAAUAAUUUUCAUGAGCUGAUAUUUUACUGGACUUUGAAAUUUUUGCGUAUAUUUUUUAAUUCUUUACUUUUUACAGAAAAAGCAUUUUUUUGGGACUAAGACAAUUUUUGGGAGUUUGGAAACAUGAUAAAUUAUUUUGAUGUUUAUUUUUGCUUUGAACCAAAAUUUCGGAAAAACCGUCGAAAUUACAGGAAAUUUUCGUCCGAUUUUUACAAAAACAUCAGUUUGUUCCUAAAAUAAUGUCCCUAACAAAACGUCUUCAUUGAAAUUUUGAAAUUCGAAAGUUGGUUUUUAAUAAUUAUUGAUAUACCCCCUACAAAAAUCGUUACGGCACUUAGAAAAUUUACGGGAUCCGUAUCACGACAUGGUUUUUGGUAGAAUUUAUUUGAUUUUUUGGACUUAGCAAAAUUUGGCUUUCGGCCAGUAAAAUAUUUUCAACACUUAAAAAAUUUUCUAGAACAGGAAACUGAAAAAAAUUUGGGACUUAGAAAAUUUUUGGGAGUUUGGAAACAUGAUAAAUUAUUUUGAUGUUUAUUUCUGCUUGAACCAAAAUUUCGGAAAAAUCGUCGAAAUUACAGGAAAUUUUCGUCCGAUUUUUACAAAAACAUCAGUUUGUUCCUAAAAAAACGUCUUCAUUGAAAUUUUGAAAUACGAAAGUUGGUUUUUAAUAAUUAUUGAUAUACCCCCUACAAAAAUCGUUCCGGCACUUAGAAAAUUUACGGGAUCCGUAUCACGACAUGAUUUUUGGUAGAAUUUAUUUGAUUUUCAGGACUUUGCGGAAUUUUUGCUCUCAGCCAGUUGAAUAUUUUUCAACAUUUUGAAAAAUUAUUUUGAUAAGAAACAUUACCAGGCUUAUUGAAAUUUUACUGUGGAUUUUAGGACUUAUGCAAUUUUAGGAAUAUUUUCAUAAACUUUUAUUUUUAAUUUAAAAAAAAUGGAAUAUAGAGACAUUGGAUUUUUCGUGAUUUGGAAAAUUUUGUGACAUUUUGACAAUUCAACGCUUUCUCCACAAUUUUUUAAUGAGUUUUUAAAGUAAAAUAAUUUUUCAACUUUGAAAAAUCUUGUUUUGAUGUAAUUGCGUAUAUUCCUGCAAUAUUACUCAUAUUUGUGAAGAGGAAGAAGGGGAGGGGGGUCUGAAUUGUGGCGGGGUGCAUUAAAAACCAAUAAAAUUAUUUUUGGGAUCAAAAUCUACUUUAUGAACUUGAUAUGAUUUUUGGAAGAUUUCAGUUGUUUGCUACUAUAAACUCAACUUGAUGUGGCAUUGUUGGUCAAAUAAACUCAACAAGAUUUUUCGCAGAUACGCCUCGAACAAUUUAUGUUCGUGGCCAUGUUCGGUUUCGCGUGGGAGUCGCUCAAUCUGCAUUCCUGUCACACAUGAGGUCUGCACAGCUGAUUCCACGUAGAUUUUUCCCGCCAGUAAUGACAGGAAACGCUGACAAACGGAAUAUGUGCCAAAAUCAUAAGUGGUUUUUUUAACAUAUAAAGGGAAAUCAUCGUGAACUGGAACUGCCGGUCGUUAGCCCGGGUAAAGUGGGAACGUUGAGAUGAUUGUUGUCCUCUGCUCUCAUCUCGCAAAAAGCCAUACAGAGAACCACGUCCCAUUCCCCAUCCCCAAUCCCUUUCCCAAAUCCCAAUCCCCAAUCUACAGUGUCAAGCGACCCGUGCCAAGGGAUGUAUGUCUGGAGGGGAGCAAGAAGUAUCCAGGUCUGAACGGAGCCUGCGUGGUACCAAGACGCCCCACGCAGUAUGUAGUCUCCUCUGUGUCUUUGCAGGCCCGAGUCACAGUUGAAGUUUGUAGGAGUCCUGAAAACAAGGUUUAUCAACAUGGAAACUGAUCAAAACCAAAACCCAAGUGCCAGCUGCUUCCCUCAGCUGGAACCAACGCGGAAGGAAGGAAGAAGAAGCAUGAAAUCCGCCGGAAGAAAGGACACCACUAGAAGAGAAGAGUCGGCGGAAAACUGUAGAGUGCAGUUUGCGGUGUCGGAACGCAUGAGAGACAUGCACAGGAAGGUUCACAUGUGGAAGGAAGUAGAAGAGUUAUCCAGUACCAAACGAGAACCUUCUGUUGUUCUUCGGAGCAAUUCUGCGAGAGAUGGUAAGGUUACGCAACAGUUUUUGACGAAAACUAGGCAACCACAUGCAUAUUUUCGCUUUUUUGCGAAUAUAGCACCGGUACAGCUGAACAUUCUGAAAAUUCACGCAACAACCUCACCGCUUGAGCACCCCCGCUACGAUGAGCACGGUAUUUUACCACUCGUCAACACAGCAUCUCAGAAAACUCUCAGGUACAGAUAUACAAUCCAAAACCGACCUCAUGUGGCCUUCCAGUACUUCAUGUACUAUACAAGAGGAACCCGCAUCCUCAACACAGCGACCAAGCUGCAGGACACUGCCAUCCUGUUCCCGGAUCAUCAAAACAUCUUGGAGAAAACGGCAGGUUCAACUGAACAAUGAACAAUAUCCGUUGCAUCCAGGUUAACCUCCAUCAUGCUAAGGGUGCUUCCAGUAUCCUUAGUCGGAGGUUCACUAAAGAGCAAUUGGGGAUUGCUCUCGUUCAAGAACCGUGGGUGAACCACAACAAAAUCCUUGGACUGUCCUGUCAAAGCAGUAGAUUGAUCUACAGCAAUACGCAGGCAACACCAAGAACGGCGAUUCUGCUGAGCGGAAACAUCAAGUGUACUCCAAUCACGGAAUUCGUCCAACGAGACAUCGUUGCAGCAAUGGUGACCGUCCCGACCACCAAGGGAAAGCAGGAGAUGGUUGUUGCAUCUGCUUACUUUCCUGGUGACCAGGACGAUGUUCCACCGCCAGAAGUGGCCGCACUUGUGCGAUACUGUAGGGCUGUCAAUAAACCGUUCCUCAUCGGUUGUGACGCGAACGCCCACCAUACGAUAUGGGGAAGCACGGAUGUUAACGAUAGAGGUGAGCGGCUUCUUGAAUACUUGACGUCUAACAACGUCAAUGUAUGCAAUAAGGGCAAUGAACCUACUUUUGUUACUGUCGCAAGACAGGAGGUCUUGGACCUCACUCUGUGUAGUGCUGCUUUUGCAGACAAAAUAAAAAACUGGCAUGUCUCUGAAGAAGCUAGUCUAUCCGAUCACAGACAGAUUGUCUUUGACAUUGAAGCCAGUCAACUGAAAAGGGAAACGUUUCGUGACCCAAAUGACACGGACUGGAACGCCUUUCGAGGUCACCUUUGCCGGUCCAAACAAGACGCUCCUUCACGAAUACGAACCCCCGAAGAAUUGGAUACUGCAGCGAAUACUCUUCAACGCAGGAUCACGGCAGCCUACCAGGCAAGCUGCCCUACGAAGGUGAGGGAAAUCUGUCGGGACGUAUCGUGGUGGAGCGAAAGCCUGAGCAGUCUCCGCAAGGAGGCUAGAAGGCUUUUCAACAGAGCUAAGCUCACUUCCGAAUGGGAUGCCUACAAAGCAGCCCUAACGAAGUAUAACGCGGAGUUGAGGAGAGCCAAAAAAACUAGCCUGGCUAAUUUCUGUGAGGACAUAAGCUCGAUGUCUGAAGCAACCCGACUCCAAAAGGCGUUGUCAAAAGACCAUUCCAACGGUCUAGGACAGGUGAGAGACGAGCAAGGCACUCUCACUGUCACAAACAAGGAAACACUGCAAGUACUCAUGAGUACGCACUUUCCAGAAUCAACUGAAAGAGAGGAGGAUGCAGCUAGUACCCGGACUGCAGAUGGCGUAUGGUGUCGACCAUCAAGAGAGUCAGUCCACCUAGCCCGUCGAAUGUUCAACCAGUCUUCAAUCAGAUGGGCCCUCGGCACAUUUGAACCACUGAAGGCUGCAGGACCCGACGGCAUCCUUCCAAUCUUUCUCCAAAAAGCAGCCGACACCAUAAUGGCUGAGUUGAUCAACUUACUUCGAGCCAGCUUCACCCUGGGUUACAUCCCUCGAAGCUGGCGCAAAGUUAAGGUGAUCUUCAUACCUAAGGCCGGCAGAAGUGACCCCACGAUGCCAAAAGCCUUCAGACCAAUAAGUCUGACAGUGACGCUGCUCAAGCUUAUGGAGAAAAUCACGGAUAACCACAUCCGGGCGGAGUUCUUGAAGGACUUCCCUUUGCAUAAACACCAAUAUGCAUACCAAGCGGGCAAAUCGACCGAAACUGCCCUACACGCGUUAGUGUCACGUAUCGAGAACGCACUGAAAUAUAAAGAAUCUGCACUUUGUGCUUUUCUUGAUAUUCAGGGUGCCUUCGAUAACACUUCGUACACAGCCAUCAAUGAAGCGCUCCGGUCGAGGAACGUCGAUGGAACAACUGCGAGCUGGAUUCAUGCUAUGCUUACGAGCAGAGAGAUUUCAGCAUCGCUAGGAGACACAUCUAUCACAAUAACAGCAGCUAAAGGCUGUCCGCAAGGGGGAGUACUCUCUCCUUUGCUUUGGCUGCUGGUGGUAGAUAGUCUUCUAAGAAAACUUACACUACUCGGCUACGAAGUCAUUGGAUAUGCUGACGACGUAGUCUUAAUCAUCCGGGGGAAGUAUGACGGAACGUUAUCGGACCGUCUACAGUCAGCUGAACAGAAAGCUGAACUGGAAUGCACAUCUGGACUAUGCGGUAAAGAAGGCAACUACUGCUAUCUGGGCGUGCAACAAAAUGCUCGGCAAAACCUGGGGCCUUAAACCGAAACUUGCAUUCCUAGGGUAACCUAUGCGUCGACCGUUUGGUGGCCGAAGACUGAACAGAAGACAUGUCAGUCGAAGCUGACCAAGCUCCAACGACUGGCAUGUCUCUCUGUAACGAGUGCAAUGAAAACAACCCCCACCGCGGCCAUGGAAGCCAUGCUAUGCAUUCUGCCUUUACAUUUACAUGUGAAGCAGGAGGCAGCGCUUGGCGCUCUACGACUACAACGGUGUAACAACUGGGUGGAAGGAGAUGGAACGGGUCACUCGCGGAUCGUGAAGGCUUUUGACAUUUCCCCCCUUGCAACUUCAGUCUCGGACUGCAUGGAGGUGAGGCUCAACAUGGACAUUCCAUAUGAGGUGAUUGAAACAAAUCGCCAAAUGUGGAGUAAUGGAGGACCUACACUUCCAGAAGGAACUAUUCGUUUCUUUACGGAUGGUUCAAAAAUGGGCACUUCUACUGGAGCUGGAGUCUUCGGUCCUCGAACCAGGGAAACCAUAUCUAUGGGAAAGUGGCCUACCGUUUUUCAAGCAGAAGUGUAUGCCAUACACAUCUGUGCGAGGACGUGUAUUAUGAGAAAUUAUAGACACGCAAAAAUCGGUAUUUUCUCGGAUAGCCAAGCUGCACUAUUGGCAUUAAAAUCCUCUAAAUGCGAAUCCAAACUUGUUUGGGAGUGCGUCGCUUCCCUCAGGGAACUUGCUUCUCGGCAUAACAGCCCAAGCAGACGGAAAUAACUUGGGAAGGUCAGUUUUUGAUAUUGUGAGAAGAUCAAAAUCCGUUAUUGGGAUGAUCGGAUUAGUUGUUAAAAUAACAAAUUUCAAUAACAAAGAUUUGUUCGAAAAAUAACUCAAAUCGUUAUUGCCCUGUUAUUGCAAUAACAUACUAAUAACAUAGAAUCCAGAACAAUAGAAUAACAAGGUUAGUUAUUCUGAGCAAUGGAUGGGGAGCACCCAAAUAACAAAAACAGUUAUUCAUAUGGAUUGAUUGCAUAACAAAAAGUGUUAUUAUUUUAUCACUUAUCCGAGCAGAAAUUCGUUACAGAAAAAAAAAAUAUAUGAAGCAUAACAUUGUAACUCAGGCUGUCACAAAUAUGAGUCAUAUAAGAGUCAUAAUAACAGAAUUGUGUAUAAGAAAUUGCUCCAAAAGUAACAAAAAAAUAUCAGUAUCUGACAAAUUUAUAAUAGAAAAUUAAAACUCAAAAUAUCAUACAGUGGAAUCUCUCGUUGUCGAUAUUGAGGGAACCAUCGAGAGCGGGAGUUAUCAAAUUAUAGAAUGAAAAAUCAAAGCAAUCUAUUUGAAGGGACUGAAAAAAUAUUUACAGCUAGAGCAAUAUUGCUAUCGAGAAGAAGAGAGUCAUAGAAGACAGCCAUUGAGUAACUGUAAUUCUAAUUGAUUUGUUUUAAAAUAGUUAGUUUUGUGUUAAAGCUAGAGAAUUAAAACUGUACUGACUUACGGCAAUUUCCAUAUAAUUCACCUGAACUUCAUCGAAAGUCGUGCAUUUUACUAUUAAUUUGCAAAUGUUGGUGGUUGCGGAUGAAUUUCAACCUAAAAAAUAGAAUAUUAUUACAAAGUGUCUAAUUCUUUUAGGAAAAAAAUAUUAAAGCACUUAUCUAAUGGUGGUCGUGAUGGUGAUAUUUAUCGCCAAAGAUAGAAUUUAGGAUAACAUGCAGGCUGUGAUGUUCAUAAUCCGUCCAAUGAUCCAAUGACUUUUCUGAAAAAAAUAAAAAUAGAAAUAUUACUUUUAAUUAUGAUUUAUUGAGUGUGCAUUGUUCCGAAACGAUUGAUAUUAAACAUAUAUUAAAUAUUUUGAGAAAAUAGAGAGGAAUAGUUUUAAAUUAAAAAAAAUAUAGCAAAAAGUAUCCUAAUUUAUUUUGUUUUUUGACUUCGGUUUUAAAAGUUAAAAUUUUGAUGGCUAUUUUGAUUCCUUUUUAUUGUUUCACUUCCGUUUAAACGCUUCAAUGUUUAAAAUCCGGAUUUACAAAACUUGCUUUUAAAACAUUAUUACUAAUUAGGUUCGUUAAGCUACAUUUCAAAGGUAACGUUUGAAAAGGACGGAAAAUGGGUGUAGUGAAUUUGUUACUGGCGUGCGAACUUGUUCUUGACCUCUUUAGAGCUGUUUAUUCACUUCUUAGAUUACAUACUUCUUUUUGAAGUGUUGCCCUAAAUUUUAACCUCGUUUUCCGUACCGGCUAAAAGUAGUAUUUCUUGAUAGUAUUACAAACCUGCCAAUUUUACUGCUGCUUUUUCUUUUGAAGAUGAUUGUCAUGUUGGUGGACCGUGUCCUAGACCUUUAGGCUCUUGGCGAGGUGAAUAUGGAGCAUUAGAAGCUGGAAGAAUCGAACCAAUAGUUAAAAUAAUCUGUUGGAGUCUUAUAAAUGUAAUUUUUACUCACUUUCGUUUAACACGCCAGCGAGUGUUUUUGAAACUCUAUCGAAAACCCGUUGACGUAGCUUUACCGCCGAUUUCAGUCGACGUUCGUAGUGUACGCCAUCAAGUCGAGGGUGAAAUGCUAACCCAUCAACAGCUCGGCCCCCUGUUGUCAGUUCGGGGAAAGUGGCCUUCGAAGGAGUUGGUUCCUGUUUUGCUGGAAAAGAAAAGAACACUGUUAAUUUUAGGUUUUUGACAAUUUUUAACGUUCAAGCUUACCUUGUCCGAUGAUAUUUGCUCUCGAAGCGUCAGCAAACUUGAUCUCGCAGCAGUACAUCAACUUCCAGCCGGAAGGUCUGGUGUUGUUGUUACUGCUGGGUCAAGGCCAAUGUUUACUCUGCACGAAUUAGUCUCCAUUUCCGCCGAUUUUCCGCUUAGAACAAAACAACUCACUCACUUUCCGCGCGAUUCAACCGAUUCCAUGCAGUCCACGACACUAGACCACAACAGAUGCCGAGAAAUUCGUUCUCAAGCAGCAGAUUUUACAAAUUUGUUGUUUCUCCAGCGGCGCGUCGAAGUCCGUUUUCUCUCUACUAGUUAUAACUGUCAAAUUUUUCACUGCUUUAGCAAACUCAAACCUGCGGACACUUUAUGGUUCGGGUGAAAUAAGUUAUUGCCGGAAAUGCGACGGCAGACCGACGACGCAGCGACCGAAACGAAUCAAAACGCGCACGACAACACAACAACAACAAAUCAUUUGACAGCUCGUCCAAGCAGGCUUAGCUCGUGGGCCAUUCACAAAUGGCGUUAUGGCAAAAUAUGUUCAAUAUGCACGAUUUUUUUUUUGCAAAUCUAGCAAAACAAUGCAAAAGGGUCAUUGUGGAUUUGUAAACAAAGAGUGUAUUCUGCUUACGCUAGAGGAUGUUUACACAUCUGGCAUAAAAGAGACACACUUUUUGUUUACAAACCCACAACGGCCCUUUGGCAUUGUUUUGCUAGAAUAUACUGUAUCCUGGAUAUCUUGUUAAUGUUAGUUUUUGUUAUGGGUGUGAUGCACUGUUUGUCUACAAACCUAGAGUUUUUUUUGAAUAGGUCCUAUAAACAAAUGAAAGAAAAUAAUUUAUUGGACAAGCAGUUACAUAACCAAACUUUUUGGCAGUACGAAGUUGCUGCCGGAUCUCUUCCGGAAAAGAAAAGAUUGCAUGCAGCUACAAAAACCUUAAAAAUUAAAUUUUGUGCACCGAAAAUUUAAAAAAUAAUGAUUCAAAAUAAACAUGCUGGAGUUUAUUUGAAAAGGUUUUGUAAACAUAGGAAAUUCCAUAGCUUAAAAAAUAAUAGAUGUCUAAUUUUUUUUAAACGGUCAUAUAAAAAUAUAAACCACAAUAGCACCUAUAAUUAGCACCUUUUCUAAAAAAAAUCUAGAUAUAAAAGUUAAGCAAUUAAACCAAGUGAAACGUCAUUUCGGGAUGGCCUCUUCGAAUGAUUCCGUUUUCCACCCAACCUUCCCACUGGUUUCCACCCACCACCCACGACUGCUUGGAUGUAAACAAACUUUACACUCUAAAAUGAGAAAUCGCACUUUGCUGAGUUCGUUUUCGCACUUCUUCAUACUAAUGUUUCUGUUCGACUACGAUUACCAAGAAAAGUGAAUUUUAAGUUACAGUGUAGAUUGUAUGCGAGAAUUUCUCGAUCCUGUCAAAAAAUUUCGUCUGCACUGUUUUGAAGCUGGAAUAAAAAAAAAGUUCAAAAAUCCUUUCCGCACACAUUGGCAAUAAAAUUUGAAAAAAUAGAGAAUUUUCACGCUGUCG